CGGGGUCGGUGCAGGACUUGGCUGGGUACCCUGGCGUGGGGUGCGCGCUUCGGGGGCGCGCUUUGGAGGAGGAGGAGGCCCCGGCAGGAGGCAGGGCCAGCUGAGCUCCCGCAGCCCAGCCAAGAGGCUGAGCCCUGGCUUGGCUGAAGGGGCUGGGAUUUGCUGGCUUGUCCCUUUUUUUUUUUUUUAAUUUUUUUUUUCUCCUCCCCUGCUUCCUUCCCUUCUUCCGCUUUCUUCUCCCUCUUCCCAGCCCUCUCCUGAUGCUGCUCCGGGGGGCACAUGGAGGGGGGCUGUCCUGCUAAGACACGGUGGGCGCCACAGGCCCCCAAGCAGCACGGUCAAGCUCCUGCCCCACCAGAGUGCCCCAAGGCCACCCGCAGCCCCCACACCAUCCUGGAGAGCAAGGUGAAGGCGCUGAAGGAGAAGCAGGGGGCCAGCCGGCCGGACACCCCCGUGGCUGCCCCCGAGCGGUCCUCGCCCAAGAAGCCCCGGCCGCGGCGGGGGAAGCCAGCGAUGGAUGUGGCAGCGGUGGAGCCACGGGCCCAGCUCCGCACCUACCUGACGGAUGGGCUGCUGGACGGCGGGGACCCUGCGGCCGGCAGCCCCCCGGCACCCCGCACCGGCACCCCGGGACUCUGGCGGGUGCCAGCACCCAGGGAAGAUGUGCCAGGAGGCACCGAGCACCCCUGGGACAAGGUUGGCAGGACUCAGGGCUCUGCUUCCUCCCAUGAGACACCCCCUGUGGAAGAAGAGGCACGAACCGCGCCGCGGGACCAGGGGGGUCCCUCUGCAUCUCCUACCACAGUGGAGGGCUGGGAGAGGCUCUCGCUGGCCGAGCGGGUGGAGAGGAACCGGCGGCUGCUGCAGGAGGUGCUGGGCCUCGCUGCGGCCGAGGUGCCGGUGAGCGACGGGGACUGGGACUCGGGGGUCUCACUGCAGGAUGCCGAGGGCUGCAGGGCCUUUGUCCCCGGGCGGGAGCUUGAGCUGAGCCCGCGGCACGAGCAAGCCAAGCAGCUGCUACAGCGCGCCCGCAUGAAGGCUCGGACGAACCCGCUGCGUGCCAGCCACGACAUCCUCCUCCUCCCCACUGCUGCGGCCCCGUGCCCCAGGGAGCCCAGUGGGAGGCUGAUCAUCACCCCACGGGACGGUGGGAGCCUGAGCGACUCAUCGAGUGGGGAGUCGAGCUGUGGGCAGCCACGGCGGCCUCGGGGACCCUCCCCGUCCCGCGUCCGCUUCGAGGAUGAGUCGGCCCGCGACGCCGAGGUGCGGUACCUGGAGCGGCUGCAGCUGCGGCACCGGCGGGCGCUGGGCUCGGUGCAAUCCUUGCCGGAGCCAGCUGGCAGUGGGCAGUUGGGGGACAGGGCCAGCCGGCCCAAAUCCCGGAGCGGUGACCUCAUGGCUGGGGGCAAGUGCAGUGCCUGUGGCUCUUUCCUUGGUGCCACCGCUGGCCGGGGCACAGACACACCAGCAGCCACUGACGUGGCCGAAAGCAGCCCCGAGGCACAAGGAAGCAUCCCGGGGGAUAGUGGGGGGAUGAGUGCUGCCUGGUCGGAGCCCAAAACUAGGGUUCUUGGCCCCCGGGGGUCCCCGCUGUGGAUCCUUCCCUCACGACAGCGCAUCCACACCGAGAAGAUCAAGGAGACGUACAUUGGGGAUGUCACCUACAUUGAUGAGGUGGACUCAGCCCUGGAGAGCACCGACACCUCCGAUGGCUGCCGGACAGACAGCGAGGAGGCAGGACCCCGCAGCCCCCACCCACGGGAGCACCGGGACCCCUGGGCUCAUGGGCACAGGGCCCCCCGUGCCACCCCGCAGCUGGAGGCGAGGGCUGGGAAGAAGAUAUGUGCGGUCAGCGGUGACCCCCCCACAGGGGACCGGGGCUCGGGUGGCACCACAAGCCAGCCAGGGGCUGGUUGCCCCCCGCUGCCAAGGAGAGCCAGCAGCCAGGAGGAGGAGGACCCCCACCGGCACCUGGGGGCCAGCAAGGGGGUGGGAAAUGCCACUCAUCCUCCACAGCAGCCCAGUGAGCCCCCCGACCCCUCCUUGCAGCCAGGGACUGGCACUCCAAGGCUGGGCACCCACCGCCCUGCUCCCCCACCCCCCAAAAAGGCCUGCUCCCAGGCGCCUUGCAGGAAAGCCCUCCUUUCUGGUGGCAGCUGCCGGGCAUCGAGACAAGGAACCUGGGGCCUGGAGCCCAAUGGUGGGAGUGCUGUGCCCCCCCAGCCUGGGGGCACGGCCGGACAGGCGGAGCAGCAGGGUCCCUGCAGCCCCAGGUGGCUCCCAGGCAGUCCCCUCCGUGCCUUGUCCACCAACAACUGCAACAACACCCACGGGCAGGACCCCCUGGGUACGGGCAGAGGGGCACCGUCGCAGCCCGACACCGGCCCAGCUGCGCCCAUGCCCCAGAAGGCUGCUCAUCCACCUGGGAAAGCUGCCGGGACACCCGGGGCGCAGCAGCAGCGGCACCCAGCCGGGAGCGCAGCACACGGGGAGCCGGGGCGGCUGGUGAGCCGCAAGGGCAGCAGCACUUCAGCAUCGGGGCUGAAGAAGCUCCUGUGCAGCCUGAGCCAAAGCACCAAGCAGCGCCUGGGCCGCUUCCGCUGCUAUAGCAUGGAGCAGCUCCCGGCCCCCAGCGGCACCCCAACAGAUGGCCCAGGCAUGAAGAAGUCACCCUCCCUGCAGUCCCUGCAGCUGGUGUCACAGUCACCCUUCUGCCAGCCCCAAAAAGCUGCCUCCGUCCAGAGCCUGCACCCCCUCCUAGGCAAGGCACCCCGUGCCAGCGCCUACCUCCUCCCCCAGACCACGGCUGGCAGGAAGGGGGGUUUGGGGCCACGGCGCUCACUGAGCGUGGAAGACAUUGGGGCACCUGGCCGGCUGCGCGCGGUGGGGCGCGUGGUGGAGGUCUUCCCCGACGGCACCAGCCAGCUGGAGCUGCAGCGACCGCCCCAUGGCGCCUUCGGGUUUUGUGUCACCUCUGGGCAUGGCCGGCCCGACACAGGUGUCUAUGUGCAGGAGAUGGCAGACGCCGGCACGGCCAAGCUGUACGCGGGGCUCCUAGGCGUGGGGGAUGAGAUCCUGCAGGUCAACGGGGCAGCUGUCUCGGGGCUGGGGCUGGCCCGCAUCCGUGAGCUGCUGCUCCAAGCGGACACCCUGUCCCUCCGUGUGCUCAGGCACCGCCCGGCGCCCCGGUAGCCCUGGCACAGCUCCUGGGAAGCCCGGUGGGAGGAGGCCAGUGUCCCGCGGACACCCCGGGAUGCUGCUGGACGGCACGGCGUGGACCAAGCUGCCCCACGGCGCCAGGACCUGCCCUGUUCCGGUGCAAUAGUUGGGUCCCCGCUGCGGUGGGGGCAGGCGGAUUUCCUGGCUCCCUGGGAGGCAGAGCGGGACCAAGGACCCCCCCCCAGCCACUACCCGGUGUGUCCAGGAGGUGCCCCAAGUGGGGGGACAGCCCAGCCCUGCUACUGAGCCAGGGUGGGACUGUCCUGCUGGGUACUGGGGAGGCCAGAGUGGGGACACCCCACCCCUGCAUCCCCAGGAGAUAUGGGGUUCCCUGCCACUGCCAGAAACCUGUGCCUGUGGGCUGGUGUGUUUCUUUUAAAUUAUUUCAAACUGGAAAAAAAAAAAGUAAUCAUGGUGUCCUUGGCUUGCAGGUGGCACGGCGGGGCUAGGAGGUGACACUUGGCCAGGUGGACAGGGCGUGCUCCAGCCCCACGGCUGUGGGGCUGCUGGUGGAUGCGGGAGCCAGGGGUGGGUCUGGGUGCUGCCAUGUGGGGCUGAGCCCCCCCCAGGGCCAGUGUAACCACGGCAUGCAGCUCAUCCAGGGCGCUGAACGUGUCCUGGCUGCGGGGUGGCAGGGGGUGGCACAGCACAUCAGCCCAGGACAGGCAGAGCUGGGGGGCUGUCAGCUGAGGGCAGGAGCUCUCUGGGGCCCGAGUACCUGUUAUGGGCUGUGGAGGGGGGAAACGGAGACAGGGCAGGAGGGGAUCCCCAGGGGACAGUGCUCCCUGGAAGGCUGUGCUGGGGUCUCCCUGUUGCCACCCCCCAGGCAGCCUGGUCUUUUUUUGGGGGAGGGAGGGGUGUGCGUCUGGAUGGGCUCGGGGCCUUUGCUGCCUGGUUUCCCAGGCCCAGUCACUCUAACAGCCACCUCCUGAGCGUGUUGUGGUGCUGGGGGGCCCUGGGAAGGCAGCUGGGGGGCUCAGCCACCCACGGCACUCCUCAAAGAGCAGAACAGCCCCCUCCCCCUGCUCAGAUGAGCAGCAUAGUGGGCUGGGGGGAGCACAGGGUGACGGGGCUGCUCUCUUCCUGCAAGCACUGCUGGGACAGCAGCGGGGAUGCACCUGCAAGUAUCCACAACUAAUCACAGAGGGGUCUGCGCUCCUGCUGCUCGUUUUGGGGUUUUAUUUUUUCCAGCCACAGAAGGAGAAACUCAUGCCGUGGCUGCAGCGGCUGCGCAGGGACAAGCCUCUCCCGCAGGCGCCAAGACUGGCACGCGGAGGAGGCACAGCAGCGAUGGCUGCCCUCUGCAUGGCUGUGUCCCUGCAUCUGGGCAGCAGCUGCUGGGCAUAAGCUGCUGCUUAUGCCCUAAAAGCCAUGAGGGUGAUGCCCAGCAGAUGCUGGUGGGAGCUUUUCCUGGGGCCAGAGACCUCCCCAUUUGUCCCCAAACAAGGGUCACUGUGCGGCCGAGCAUUGAUCCCCGCUGCUGCCCAGCGUGGUGCAGCAGCAAUGCAUUUAUUUAGUUAAAGGGAGGGGCACCACCAACAACAGAAAGAGCAAAUGUACACAGGAAAAGGACCGAAGACAGUUUGGUGGCUUGCAGUGAUGCCAGCAGCUGGGCCACCCUCCGGCAGCACACGGGACUAACGAAGGAGCGGUCCCGCACCGAGCACUGGGAGACAUUCCUGGAGGAUGCACAACCACACUGAAAAUAACGUGGGGGUCAGAGGUGUGUAAAUACCGGCCAACGGCGAGCCCCGCUCCCUGGUUGAACUUGUGCUCCGAGGAACCUGCUCUUGGAGAGGUAUUAAGCCCAAGGAGCUGGGCAGACGCUGUGACAACCAGCUUGGAAAGGAGACACCCCGUAUUUCUUGCAGCAUAACCAAAAGAAACGAGGUGCUCUGCAAGGAUAAAGAGCAACUGCUGAAAUAAUUAGUGCAGGUUGGCGCUAAGGGCACACGUGUGUUAAUGCCAUGAGCACCCGCCCAGGCGUGGCAGGGCAGCUCGGGAUCACACCCACCCCCCCACCCCCCAAGUCCGGCGCCUGGCUGCGGAAGGCACGGUGCUGUCAGUGCCUGCGGGAGGGGUCACACAAACCUGGUGGGGAGGGAUGUUCAGUCCGGGCUAAGCGUCCCGGAGGUAAAGCUCUCUGGUGGCGAGCUUCCCGCUUGGGGAGGAUGAUUUUCAGGGGCGAUUUGCAAUUUCAGCAGAAGUUCUGGCGUCAACACCAAUUAAAUUCCUCCCCCAGCCCCAUCUGAGACCCAUAUGGGAGGCGCAGGCCAGCCCGUCCCAAGUCUUUUAGUGUUUGCAACUUAAAUAUGGGCGCAGACUUUAGUAAGAAAUUGUUUUUGCUUUCCUGAAGAGUCACCCCAUGUCCUGCAAUUGGUGUUUGCAGCACGAAGCCCCUGCCUGCGUUUCUCCCCAGUGAUACUGCCAGGGUGCGCUUUCUUCACCGUGUUUUGGUAUCGACCACCUGGCUAACUCCUAACUCGCCAUACGAGGGAGACAACUAGGCUGACACUGCUGAAAGGACGCGAGUGACAAACAAAGGUAACAAAGGACUGGGAAGUAAUACAGAAGUGAUCGAGCUUGGAAUCUCCUGCCUUUUGGUUGCUUACAACGGAGGUGUCCAAAAAAUAGUGUUUGGGAAAAAUUAAGACAUCCUAUUUACAAGUUCGUAUGCACUUAAAAUACAUAAUUGAGCCCCAUUCCUCUGAAAAUGUGUGUCAUGCGCCCGCAGAGAGAAUGUGGCUUUAACGGUCAUCAAAAGAAAGCUUUAAAGUAUUUUUUUUCCUUAAAAAAAAUAAGUUAUUUUAGGCCUGACAAAU